CCGUUCCUUUUCUUUGAUAGAUCCGUUCCUUCCUUGUAAUUUGUUUGAAAGGAAGACAGAUGGAGCUGCAAAUUAAGGUUGCGCAGGCUGUUCACGUGCUUAAUCAUGACACACAGUCGUGUAACCGCGUUGCUGCUAAUCAGUGGCUCGUCCAUUUCCAGCAAACUGAUGCCGCUUGGGAAGUCGCCGCCGCCAUCCUGGCGUCCGAACAACGUCAUCCUCUCGUUUCUAAUUUCGAAGUCGAGUUUUUCGCGGCUCAAGUUCUGAAACGAAAGAUCCAAAACGAAGGAGGCUGCCUGCAGUUGGGUGCUAAAGAUGCCCUGCUUAAUGCUCUUCUCUUGGCAGCGAAGAGAUACAGUUCAGGACCUCCACAGCUGUUGACACAAAUCUGCCUUGCUCUCUCUAUGCUUAUACUAUAUGCUGCGGAGCAUGGAAAGCCUAUUGAAAAGCUCUUUUACAGUUUCUACAACUUGCAAAACGAAGAAGAUGGCAAGUUUGCUCUUCUGGAAAUGCUUACUGUCUUGCCAGAAGUUAUUGAGGAUCAGAAUGCUGAUUGUAGAUUAAGCUCGGUCCAACGAUAUGAGUAUGGCCAAGAGCUUCUCUCUCACACUUCAAUGGUUUUUGAGUUUCUUCUGGAGCUAAGUAAGAAUGUUGACAGUGGUAUUCAAAUCCAUAACAGGAACAAAAAGCUACUGCGCUGCUUGCUAAGUUGGGUUCGUGCUGGAUGCUUCUCUGAGAUUCCUCCUGAGUUAUUCCCCACACAUCCAGUUUUGAAUUUUGUUUUCGAUUCUUUGCAGGGUUCUUCUUCAUUUGAUCUAGCAAUUGAAAUUCUUAUAGAACUUUUGAUUCGACAUGAGGGGUUGCCACAGGUUAUGCUCAGUAGAGUUGGAUAUCUUAUCGAUAUCCUCCUUCCCGCUCUUAAUAAUGGAGAUAAAGCUGUAAUAAGUGGCCUGGCAUGCCUGAUGUCAGAAAUUGGUCUAGCUGCACCAUCUUUGAUUAUCAAAGCAAGUCCUGAAGCUUUUCUGCUAACAGAUGCACUCUUGAGUUGUUUAGCAUAUCAAAGUGAAGAGUGGGAGAUAGCAGAUUCAACUUUGCAGUUUUGGUCUAGACUCAUGGGCUAUAUUCUUGGGAUUGGUGCAAAUACUUGGGAAAAUAGGAAGGAUGUUGAAGAAAUGUUUUUUCCUAUUCUUUCAACAUUGCUGGAUACUCUUCUUUUGCGAUCUCAGUUGGGUAAUACUAAUUCUACUUCUGAUGGCGGAACAGCACUUGAUUUUCCAGAUAGCCUUAUGCAGUUCAGAAUGAAUUUGGUAGAACCUCUGAUUGAUAUUUGUCAGAUUCUAUCUCCUGCUCCAUUUUUGCAGAAGAUAUUCACAGGAGGAUGGAUGAAUAGUAUACACAUUCCUUGGAUGGAUGUUGAAGCUAAACUGUUUGCCCUUGAUGCGGUUGCUGAGGAAAUUAUCAGCAAAGUGCCAUACUUCGAUUUCUCUUUCAUGCUGCACUUUGUUGCAAUUUUGUCCAGUAAGACACCUGAUGAACUGAAUGGAAUCAUGAGAGUUGUAUACAAGUCACUUGCUGAUAUUAUUGGUUCUUAUUCCAAGUUAAUAUCUGUUUCUCUAUCUGAUGCCAGACAAAUACUAUCAUUUCUAGCAAAAGGCAUUGCACAAUCGUUUUGUUCAUCUGGAUGUGCCUGUGCAUUGCGCAAGUUAUGUGAAGAUGCGAGCACACUAAUCUUUGAGCCUUCGUGUUUGGAAAUCUUAAUUUGGAUUGGGGAGGGUUUGGAAGAAUGGUUUUUACCUUUAGAGGAUGAGGAGGAAGUGGUUGCUGCAAUCUCACUGAUUGCAGGGUCCCUUCCUAAUGAGGAGUUUAAGAAUAAUUUGUUUGCUAGAUUACUCUCUCCUAGCUACGAAGCUGUUGGAAAACUUAUUGAUGAAAAUUGUGAUUAUCCUUUAAGAAAAGAACCAGCUACUUAUACUCAACUUGUUGAGUCCGCUAGAAGAGGACUUCAUAGAGUGGGAACUGUAUUCAGCCAAUACACAACACAGCCAUCAAUUGAUCCAAGUUAUUAUAAUCCUUUAACUGGUACAUUGGGAAUGUUUUGGCAAAUGCUUGAGAAACUUUUCAAGUCUGAUCAUAUUGAAAAUGCUAACUUAUCAACGGCUGCCUGUAAAGCUCUUUCACAUGCUAUCCAAUCUUCAGGGCAGCCAUUUUUGCCAUUGUUGCCUAAAGUGUUAGAUUGUCUUUCUUCUAAAUUUCAGACCUUCCAAACCCACGAUUGCUACAUUAGAGCAGCUUCCAUCAUCAUUCAAGAAUUUGGAAGCAGAGAAGAGUAUGGACCUCUAUUCAUCAGCACAUUUGAUCGAUUUAUCCGUGCUACAUCUGUAUUGUCACUGAGUUCCUCUUAUAUAUGUGACGAAGAACCUGAUCUAGUGGAGGCCUUCACAAAUUUUUCCUCUACCUUCAUCCAAUGCUGUCCUAAGGAAGUCUUAGCUAUCUCAGGUUCUUUUAUUGAGUUAUCCUUUCAAAAAGCAGCUAUUUGUUGCACAGCUAUGCAUCGUGGUGCAGCACUUGCUUCAAUGUCAUUUAUGUCCAUGUUUUUGGAUCUCAGCCUCAAUACAUUAAUGGAAUCUAUAGCUUCGGUUUCUGAUUUGCAACCUAUAGCAUGCAUUUGUGAAGUGUCAGUUGAAGCAAUGUCGAUACAAGUCAUAUCCCAUAGUGGGGAAGGACUCAUUUCGAAUCUGAUGUAUGCAUUGCUUGGUGUAUCUGCAAUGUCAAGGGUUCACAAAUCUGCUAUGCUCUUGCAACAAUUGGCUGCCGUAUGCAGUUUAAAUGAAAGAACAACAUGGAGGUCUAUACUUUGUUUGGAGUCUCUGCGUGGAUGGCUAAAGGCAGCGGUGCAGACUCUACCUUCUGAAUAUCUAAAACAAGGAGAAGCUGAAUCCCUGGUCCCAGUAUGGCUCAAAGCUCUUACAGAUGCAGCUUCAGAUUAUAUUCAAUGCAGGCAAAGUAUUGGAAUAGCGAAUGAUAGUUCUCAUAUGCAAGGGAAAGGAGGAAGAAUGCUGAAAGGCCUUAUUCGAGAAUUUGCUGAUGGGCAUCGUAAUAUUCCAAAUUGAGUCUCUUAGGAAUUGGAAUUGAAGCCCUCAAUUCCAAUUCCAUGGUUUGAAUUUCAUGUACCAAACGGGGUCUUAGUGACUGCCGAUGAUUCAUUAACUUGCAGUGAGCUUCAUCAAUGUGUUGGUCCUGCCAACUUGAUACUUAUUAUUCUUGCACAUCACAUAUUUUGAUUGCCUUAGUUAUCUCUUACACUAUGGUUGGUUCAAGGAAUUUUGAAGGAGAAAAGAAAAAAUAAUAAUUUUCUCAUUUU